CAAGAGAUACGUGAACCUUUUGAACUGAAAAUUUGCUGUUUCCUUCAACCUCCUAAUCUUCUGAUCUCUGCCAGGCUUUCGUCCGUGACAGGCUGUACUGCCACUACAUUUGUAGUUGCACUACUGGGGUGGAACACCUGGUCUGAGGGUAGUUCGGGACAUGAUUCGCAAUACAGUCUUUGAUCAUGGCGGAUGCACUUAUGUCUGAAAGGCAGCGUUUAUUGGAGCGUCUUUUGGAGGCUGUGAAGCAGUGCCAAGUUCGGUUCGGCGGACGUAGUGAGGUUGCAACCGACAGCGACAGUCGUGUAUCAUGCCUGUGCACACAGCUAGAAGCGGUCUUUCAGCAUGGCCUCAAGCGUAAUCGUAAACUUCUGAACCUGAAGAAACCAGAGAGUGAUCCAGUAUUCUGGCACUGUAUCCGGGAAUCGAUCAGCAAGGAUGAAGUCGAUGCAAUCCUUCAGCUCAAGAAUGUCACCACAGAUGCUGGACGUGGUCGGGCUUGGUUGCGUGUGGCUCUGAAUGAACGCACCCUGGAGACGAAGCUGCAUCAGUUGCUUGCUGACUACAAGCAGUUGGGGGUGUUCUACGAAACCAGUGCGUUUCUUUUUGAUGUGGAACGCUCAUCCAUGCUCCCAAUCAUGGCGGCAGGUCUUGGCUCUAUUCUCUUUGCCUUACAGCAGGACAAGGCAGAUCUGGACUCAGCAGCCAAGCCUACCGCGCCUGUCUCUGCUCCCAAAGUUCCACAAGGAAAGACCUGGUCCACCCCAGCUGCAAUCAUUCCACAAAGUGCUCAAGAUGAUGAACUGGUAACUUCAUCCAGCACCCAGCAGCGCAAGAAAAAGAAGAAGAGCCUAAAUCGCCCGGCCAUCCGCAGUGUCAGUGUGGAGUCGGACUCUGUAUUACGCAACGACACCCCGCCUUCUGCCGCACUUGCGGCGGCAGCUGUUGCAGCAGCGGCAACGUCCAACUCACAAACCUCACCCGGUAUGAGUGACGAGGCAUCCGGUGCUAACAUUAGACCAGACAUGGGUGCAGAUGCCAGCUCUCCAGAGCAUCUGGUGCAGAAUGCCAUCGCUGGCCAUGCUGAGGUGGUGGAGCGCGUCCGUGCCUAUCUGGACACGGCCGACGCAGCACAACCCGGUGAUGGCGUCGCCUCGCCUACACCAGUGAGUCCCGAUGCCGCCGAGAUCAGCUGGGACAGUCUUCUGCGCCGCCCCACGCCAAGAGACCUGACGGAGGAGGCCCUGAGUUCCAUGGCUGCCUAUGCGGACAGCGAUACGUCGUCGACUUCCGACAAUACCGUGGGAUCAAGGGCGGCCGACUUUGGCCUCGACGAUUCCGUUUUGGCGAUGAAAGCCAUGCGUUCCCUUAGCCUUGCCCAAACCGAAGCUGAUUCUCCUAGCACUGCUCAGACCGUAAAGGCACCGGGUGAUGUCUCAUCAACGUCGCAGCUUUCGAAUGAGGACAUGAGGACAGCUCUUUUGGCCAUGGCCAAGCGAAAGGAUGAGCUGGAGCUCCGCAACAGGAUCUUGGAAGAGGAGCGAGCUUCAGAGAUGGCGCGAUCGAAUGAGUUGCUUCAGCAGUUGCAGGAGCUUCGUGACCUGUCCAGUACGCAGAAUGAGCAGAAUAGGACGCAUACUCAAGCCCUUACCAGGGAGAACGAACUUCUCAAGCAUCAGCUGAAGAAGUACGUUGGCGUUGUACAGAGCUUGAAGCGUGAGACGAUAGCCAGCCUGCCGGCAGAGACAGCGGAAGCCAUGGCUACUCUACGGCAUGACGCUGUAGGCAUCGAACCCAUCCCGCCACCGCGCAAGAAAAUCAAGGAGUAUGAGAGGGGUGAAGAAGACAGUCAAUUUGAACAGAAGCUGGUCCAGGUGGCUGAAAUGCACGGUGAGCUGCUGGAGUUCAACCAGUUCAUGCACCAGCAGAUGGUCAACAAGGACAAGGUCAUUGCUAUCAUGCGUACACAGCUGGCUGCAGCCCAUGGCGUGCCGGUAAAUGAAAUCCGUGUACCUGGCUCUCCACAGACAGCAUCUCCACCACCUGAGCAGGUGGCGGCAAGCAGUGGACCCCCUUCAACUGGCUCUCAGUCUCUGCCGUCCAACUCUCUCAUUCCAAACUGUCUUCUAAAUGUCUGGAUUCCGUCCGUGUUCCUGUACGGCAAGGGUGGUGAAGGCUAUCAUGUCUAUCAGGUUUUCAUACGCGUGCGAGAUGAAGAGUGGAAUGUGUAUCGACGCUAUGCUCAGUUUCACGAGUUCAGAAAACACGUCAUUCAAAGUGUACCCAGUGCUACUCGCCUGGACUUUCCCAAGAAGAAGUCGUUCAGAAACAAGGAAUCUAGCUUUGUUGAGUUACGACGCCGAGGCCUGGAGAAGUUCCUGCGGUCUGUGCUACAGCUGCUUGUGAGCGGUGCUGCCAAGGGCACAUCCUACCACAUGCCGGGUGAUCAGCUAUCCAAGAACCUUCUCAGUCACCAUCUGCCCUUCUUCCGUGAGCAGCGUGCAGCACCUACUGGUCAGCAGCUGCCACAUCGUCCAGUAGCUCAACGCAAUUCCCCUCACUAUAACGGCCUGUAGUGUAGAGGUCUGGCUCCCCUGUUCCCGUCUACGUCCCUGUCUCUCUCUCUCUCUCUCUCUCUCUCUCUCUCUCUCUCUCUCUCUCUCUCUCUCUCUCUCUCUCUCUCUCUCUGUCUCUCUCUCUGUCUCUCUCUCUGUCUCUCUGUCUCUCUCUCUCUCUCUCUCUCUCUCUCUCUCUCUCUCUCUCUCUCUCUCUCUCUCUCUCUCUCUCUCCCUCCCUCCCUCUCUCUCUCUCUCUCAUAGCCAUUAUCACUGUUCCAUGUGUAAGUAUGUAUACUGUACUGUACAUUGUCUGGUUUGUGAAUAUUUUACUGUGCUACGCUGCACGUGCGUCCUCCCAGAGCCAUCCGCAUUCCUGUGUGAGCAGAUGGUUUGUAUUUUUUACACUUUCCGUAAUUCUGAAAUGCCCAGUAGCUAUGUAACUAAGUGUGUUCUUAUCUACUACUGGCCAUUUUUUGCAAGUAAUUUCGAGGCUUCACCUUAUGUUAUUUGAUAUCAACGCUAUAAAUACUGCGUUCUUAAACAGCAUCUUCGCUUUUUAUUCUCAUCUCGACUCGUAGCUUGACCCAAUCUCUUCCCUUUGUUGCCUGCAUAUUUAUGAUUUGAGAUUUGUUCUAUGGAGCACCGUCUCUUUUAUUUGCACCCCGCAUAUGCUGUAUGAGCAUAUCAUACCAUCUGGUCUUGUGUGUAGGUCGAUUUGUUGUGCUGGAUCGCAACGAUUAGAAACAUGUUUUAGUACGCUGCUCUGACCACCAAAUUUUGCAUCGCCAAGUUAUUUCGGUGGCUAACCCCUUUUUUCCAUAACAAAGGAGUUCUUAUUUAGUACUGAUUUCGCUUCCAGAAUUCAGUUUCUCUUUGAAUAUUUCCUGUUGAAAAAACGUUAUCAGAGAUGUGUGGACAGUCGAA